CUUAACUGUGACCUUUUCGCAAUUCUAUUUAGGUCUCACAUUGAUAUCUUACCACCUUUGCCACGCUCGCGUAUCAGUAUUGACUUUCUGUUCGAAAGGACCGCGACUUGGCAAUAUUAAAAUUUCUUACAUUAGCUUUAUAUAACUUACCAGCUUAGAUUCCAUGGCUAAGGGCCUAACGAUCAAAGAUGCAAUCAAAGUCUUCGAGGAACGGAAAGGUAUCGCGGCGACGGAAGCAGAGAAGGUGGAGCUGCAUGGGAUGAUUCCGCCGAUUGAAAAAAUGGACGCCACGCUUUCCACCUUGAAGGCCUGCAAACACCUGGCCCUCUCAACCAACAACAUUGAGAAAAUUAGCAGCCUUUCAGGAAUGGAGAACCUACGGAUCUUAUCCUUGGGGAGAAAUUUAAUAAAGAAGAUAGAAAACUUGGAUGCGGUUGCCGACACCCUGGAGGAGCUGUGGAUAUCGUACAACCAGAUUGCGAGCUUGUCCGGCAUCGAAAAGCUGGUCAACCUGCGCGUGCUGUACAUCUCCAACAACAAAAUCGCCAGCUGGUCGGAGAUCGACAAGCUCGCCGUACUGGACAAGUUGGAGGAUCUGCUGCUUGCGGGCAACCCUCUGUACAACGACUACAAGGAUAACAACUCCACCAGCGAGUAUAGGGUUGAGGUUGUGAAGCGCCUACCCAACCUCAAAAAGCUGGACGGCAUGCCGGUGGACGUGGACGAACGAGAGCAGGCCAACAGUCAGCGCGGCGGGUAGUGAAUAGCUCCAGUAGCCUCAUCAGGUUGCCCACAGUCGUUAUGACCGGUGCUUUGGGGGAGUUUGCUGAUGAGAGCCCAACCGGACGCUUUAAUAUCUGAAAGGGGCGCAAAAUGCUGCAUACUCAGGCUUGGUGUUUUGGAACCCUUAAAUGUUCAUUAAGAUGUGAUGGGUUAAAACUCUGCCCCAUUACAGCGCAUUGACACUGUGAUGCAGAUCACUGCUUAAAGGGCUUUAAGGGCUGAACGCAUGUGUGAAAUGUGCAGCAGAUGUGAGAAGGCCGAAGGGGGUAUGGUAAUCGAGGUGUACGGCCGGAAGGUUAGUAACCUGACAGACAGUGUGAUGGAGUAGUCGAUUGUGCGGGAUGUGCAAGGGUUCCUGUCCUUUUGGGUUACCAGAAUGGUACUCUCGACACCUUACUGCUUGUAUCAACAAUAGAACUGGGUGCCAAACGGGGGCGAACGUGUAGGGGUACCUACGUGUCGUGCUUAUUGGCUGGAUGGAUAUUGAAUCGCCGUCCGGAGGCUUACUAUUGCUUGUGGAAGGCAGACAUCAGCUUUGUUCUAAUGUGCUGCCCUU